AUGGUGGACUUUUUUGAUUUUGUGGUUUUAUCAUCGAUUAUAAUUAUAUUGCCCCUAGUCAAUGAUUUCUUAAAUAAUACAUUCCCAAAUGCAAAAAUUGGUAGAAUAGCGAGUGAAAUAGUUGGGAGUAUUUUAGUGCUGUUUAUAUUUCAUUUAGUGAUAGCAGGUGUUUGGCUGUGGUAUACCUAUUAUCUACCAUAUUACUAUACCAAAGAAUCAAUUUAUUCAUUAGGCUCAUUAAACAUAUUCGACAUACCAAGCAAAGUAGCGAAAACACCAGAGGAGGAAUCAUCAAUUAGAAUCUCGAUCACCCUUCAAGCAAUCUUUUUAUUCAUUGUAGUCACAAAUAUCUAUCAUUACUUUUAUCGAGCGAUUGUAGCAGACAACUAUUUACCACAACUAAACAAGACCAAACAACAAAAGCUAUCGGAUGAACAGCGUGAAAAGCUUUGUUCCCAAUGUACAAUUUACAGCAAAGAUAAAUGGUCGUCAUUACAUAUCAAUAAUAAAUCAUUUCAUUGCAAAAUUUGUAAAAGAUGCACCAAUGCUAUGGAUCAUCACUGUCCAUUCAUAAACAACUGUGUGGGAAUCAAUAACCAUCACUACUUUUAUUUAUUCCUUACAUACACCUAUUUGGCAAUGAUAUACGCAUGUUUUUUAACAUACUAUCCAUUCAUGGAUUGUGUGUAUAACAAAUCGCAAGAUUUGAAACCAAUGUGUAUAAAAAUGGAUAAGUAUAGCUAUAUAUUCCUCUGCUGUCUCAUCGUUAUCACUGCUGCCAAUGGUGUAUUUUGUUUCCAAAACUAUUUAAUCUCCACAAACUCCAAAACGGUUCAACUUUUACGUAAAUUAAAGAAAUCAAAAACAUAUAUAGAGUGGUUUAAAUGGAUUAUAGAUAAUUUUAAAACCAAUUUUUCGUUCAAUAACUAUAAACAAAUGUUCACAAAUUGGAAACUAUACAAUAUAAUAAUACCAUAUAAAAAAUAA